CUUUUUUUCACAGUUCCCCUUCUCUUCACAAUCACUGUACCGAAUUCCAUCUCUGUACGGUUUUUCUUCUACAGUUUCUCUCUUUCUCUCUCUACGUUUAUGCGCAUCCAGUUACUCUCGAUUUCAUUUUUUUCGGUUUAAAGAAAAUCAUCGGUGUGAAUCUCGAGCUAAGCAAUUACAUAUUCUGUUUAUAAUCUGAUACCGAAAAGGUGUCGAAUUGGUUUUUGGAUCUGAAAUUUCUUUAAUUAGUCUUGAUUUUGUGAAAUUUGUGGGACUUUUGGAGUGUGAUUGCUGGAUUAAGCUUCAAAAGAUUGGUUCUUUUUUAGAAAUAAAAAGUGGUUUUUAAAAAAAUUGAUGGGGGAGGGUGAGGAAGGCGAAUUCCCUCCAAAAAAAGUGCAAUCGGACACGCAAGGCGGCGCCGGUGAUUUCCCGACGAAGAAGCUCGCUAGACAGCUCGAUUUCACCGCCGGUUUUGGUGGAACUGUGGUUUUGCCUGAGCACCCACAGCCGCAAGCCGUGGUGCCAAUUACUCAGCCGCAGCCGCAAACUGUUGCACCACCUCUGCCACCGUCCACGCUUACCGCGCAGCCAUCAGUGAGGGUUGUAAAACCAGAAUCCCCAAAAUCAAGACCAAGACCCAAUGUUGACGUCAAAGAGAGUACUCCAAAGAAGCAAAAACAGUGUAACUGUAAACAUUCACGUUGCUUGAAGUUGUACUGUGAGUGCUUUGCAUCUGGAAUUUAUUGUGAUGGAUGCAAUUGUGUAAAUUGUCAUAACAAUGUUGAAAACGAAGCUGCUAGGCGAGAAGCUGUUGAUGCAACUUUAGAGCGUAACCCAAACGCAUUCAGGCCAAAAAUUGCUAGCAGCCCACAUGGAACACGGGAUACUAGGGUAUGUGAGCCAACUUUAUGUACUACUUUUCUGUGA